AUGUCAACAAUGGAAGAAGCGUUAGCUUCUCGAAAUCGAGUAUCGGAGUAUCAUGUAUAUCACGAAGGCAUGGAUCAUGUCGUCAUCACUCCUUUCUUGGAUCCGACGAAAGAAUGGGGCUACAAUGAGAAAAGAUAUAAACGCCAGACUGAGGAUCGCACCUAUCACCAACGCGGAUCCAAAGAUUCAAACAGUUAUUUCCUGCAUAAGCCAAUCUUGUUAUUUUGCGAUCCGCCGCGCACACUGCGGCGUGGUAGCAGCAAAAAGAGGACACCGCUGUGUCUGAUAAUCAAUUCGGCGUUCUGGCGCGAAUGGAAUAUUCAACUUUCUUCAAAUCUCGAAGAAAUCAUCGAUUCCCGAGGCAUUGUGAGGUGGGAACAUCGAAGCAAACCCAAUAACUACAUUGGCAAAAAUGAUUACGCACUUAAGGGGUAUAAGGUACGGACAUGGUGGGUUUGGGGUGAAUCUGGAGGCGAAUACCAUCAUCGUGUCAACGCUCGACGGAAGGGUUUACGCGAGGGAGGAAAAAGGGAAAUACGUGCGUUCGAACCUGCUUUUGCAGAGGAUUCUGUGAAGUUGAAGUGGGCUUCUCCAUUGCGCAAUACGAGGGAAUAUCACUUUGAAUACACCGGAGGAGGGACGGGCGAUUUCCACGCCAUGGAUAAGACGUCCGCAAAGCUGAUGCCCCUGAGUCAUCUAAAGCUCGUUGCACAGUCGGCGCACGGAGAAAAUGUUAUUGUUGCCCAUUAUGUAUCAGACAUUUCUUCUAAAAAGGUUGGGAAGCUAUUGGUAAUUGAUUCUGCAGUUGUCAGGCUGCUUGAGGAUACUUGCGAGAAUGGUCUUGCAAUAAGACAGACAGUGCCAGAAAUUUAA